CAACAGGCUGCGACUACCGCGUGACAUGCACCCCUUUCUACUUCGACAGAUAUUACUUCCUGGUCGUAUUGACUCGGGGCUCACCAUACGCAAUAGACAAAACACGGGCUGUGUACUCGCGGGCAGAUGACCACGGAGUACGCUGAUCACUGUGUCGGAUUAACGAGACUGAUUAAUGAGUGACUUCGGUAAUUCGUUGCAAAUUAGGUGUGUCGGAGUCUGAGUGCGAGACUGUCGGAAUAACGGGUCAAGAUGGCACUGAUCCACUCGGUUCCCAACAGUCGUGGCGGAUAAACCCGAUUGUCGGAUUAACGAGUGUCGGAUUAACGAGACUUGACUAACUGACGACAACUGUAAAGUCAGGGUGCAGUGGCUGGCUGAACAAUUGGGAGUGUGUGUCAAAGAGAGUAGAACUAGCCACUGACAGAAGACAACGUAGAACAAUGGACUCUUCAGGUGACACAAAUAAGGAAGAGAGACCUGAACCCCUGACACGAUCCACGACUGAAGGGAGAUAUAAUGAGGAUGAUCCUGCGGAUGAGCACCCGCAUCAAGGAGUGAUCCGGCCUCCAUGUCCUGGUACUGGAGAAACAGGUGCUCAACUGCAGGGAACACAGCCGUCAACAUUGAGACGAGUUAUACAAUUUGUGCUACCAGCUGUCCUCUGUGGAGCUCACAGUGUCCUUACAGAUGCCUUGCCACCUUUUAUACCACAUGUCAAUGUCACAGAAAACUGUAUCUCUAAUGACCAGCACCGUAGGCCUGAUGAAAGUCAUAAAGUGGACAGAACAACAGAUACCCUGACUGGUGAAAGUGAUGCCAUGGACAGAACAUCAGACAACCUGACUGUUGAAAGUGAUACCAUGGACAGAACAACAGACAGCCUUACUGGUGAAAGUGAUACCAUGGACAGAACAACGGAUACCCUGACUGGUGAAAGUGAUACCAUGGACAGAACAACAGAUACCCUGACUGGUGAAAGUGAUGCCAUGGACAGAACAACAGACAACCUGACUGUUGAAAGUGAUACCAUGGACAGAACAACAGACAGCCUGACUGGUGAAAGUGAUACCAUGGACAGAACAACAGAUACCCUGACUGGUGAAAGUGAUACCAUGGACAGAACAACAGAUACCCUGACUGGGGAAAGUGAUAACCUGGACACAACAACAGACAACCUGCAUGGUGAAAGUGAUACCAUGGACAGAACAACAGAGAACCUGACUGGUGAAAGUGAUACCAUGGACAGAACAACAGAUAACCUGACUGGUGAAAGUGAUACCAUUGACAGAACAACAGACAACCUGACUGGUGAAAGUGAUACCAUUGACAGAACAACAGACAACCUGACUGGUGAAAGUGAUAACCUGGAGAGAAUAUCAAACAACCUGACUGGUGAAAGUGAUACCAUUGACAGAAUAACAGACAACCUGCAUGGUGAAAGUGAUACCAUGGACAGAACAUCAGACAACCUGACUGGUGAAAGUGAUAACCUGGACAGAACAUCAGAUAACCUGACUGGUGAAAGUGAUACCAUGGACAGAACAUCAGAUAACCUGACUGGUGAAAGUGAUACCAUGGACAGAACAUCAGACAACCUGACUGGUGAAAGUGAUACCAUGGACAGAACAACAGACACCCUGACUGGUGAAAGUGAUACCAUAGACAGAACAACAGACAACCUGACUGGUGAAAGUGAUACCAUGGACAGAACAACAGAUAACCUGACUGGUGAAAGUUAUAACCUGGACACAACAACAGGCAGCCUGACUGGUGAAAGUGAUACCAUGGACAGAACAUCAGACAGCCUGACUGGUGAAAGUGAUACCAUGGACAGAACAACAGACAACCUGCAUUGUGAAAGUGAUACCAUGGACAGAACAACAGACAACCUGACUGGUGAAAGUGAUACCAUAGGCAGAACAGAAGACAGCCUGACUGGUGAAAGUGAUACCAUGGACAGAACAUCAGACAGCCUGACUGGUGAAAGUGAUACCAUGGACAGAACAUCAGACAACCUGCAUUGUGAAAGUGAUACCAUGGACAGAACAACAGACAACCUGACUGGUGAAAGUGAUACCAUAGGCAGAACAGAAGACAACCUGACUGGUGAAAGUGAUACCAUGGACAGAACAACAGAUACCCUGACUGGUGAAAGUGAUACCAUGGACAGAACAACAGACAACCUGACUGGUGAAAGUGAUACCAUGGACAGAACAACAGAUAACCUGCAUGGUGAAAGUGAUACCAUGGACAGAAUAUCAGACAACCUGACUGGUGAAAGUGAUAACCUGGACAGGUCAACAGACAGCCUGACUGGUGAAAGUGAUACCAUAGACAGAACAACAGACAACCUGACUGAUGAAAGUGAUACCAUGGACAGAACAACAGACAACCUGACUGGUGAAAGUGAUACCAUAGACAGAACAACAGACAGCCUGACUGGUGAAAGUGAUACCAUGGACAGAACAACAGACAACCUGACUGGUGAAAGUGAUACCAUGGACAGAAUAUCAGACAACCUGACUAGUGAAAGUGAUACUAUGGACAGAAUAUCAGACAACCUGACUGGUGAAAGUGAUAACCUGGACAGGUCAACAGACAGCCUGACUUGCGGAACUGAUACCAUGGACAGAACAACAGACAACCUGACUGGUGAAAGUGAUACCAUGGACAGAAUAUCAGACAACCUAACUGGUGAAAGUGAUAACCUGGACAGGUCAACAGACAGCCUGACUGGUGGAACUGAUAACUUGAACAGAGGAAUGGUUAAAUUAGCCGAGAUCGAGAGAAGAGAUCACACUGUCCGUAGUGCAAAUCUGUCUUCUGACGAUCAAGCCUCUUCCCGCCAAGCAGUCAUUGAAAUUGGAGAAAAUAGUUAUAGAGACACUGGGUCUUCUGCUUUAAAGGUCAUACAACCAAAUCAACAGCCCAGAGAACGAUGUCUCACUAAUACCAAUCUUCCAAUAUCAAACACGUUAGCAAACUCACAGGUGCCGUCUCUCCAUGCUUCAAGGAAACAUGUUCCAGGUUUUCAGACAUCACCUAUCACUGAAACAAAGGAGGGAGCUUCACUGACGACUGAAGGCCUUUCAUUCAUAAAAGCUCCAUCAUCUAGCCAAACAACACCAGAGAAAAAACCGAGGCGUCAGCCUGUGCCAUCAGAAAAUCAGGAAGCAAUAGGUCAACGUUUUAAGAACAUCUGUGAAACAACACAGGCAAUGAUAGCACAGCAUGACACAGUGUAUGUAUCAACGUAUGGCGAGAGGAUGGCCUUAAAACAUCUACAGCAGCGUGGUGCCAUAUUUAUGAAAGGACGACCUGGCUCUGGGAAAUCUAGAUUAGGGUUAAAACUUCUUGCUGACGUCUCAAGGCUAACAGACAGGAAACCCGUAGUGUUGACAUCGGCAGAACAGUGGAGAGAUAUCCCUCAGAAACAAAAUGAUGAAGAAUCUGGAAACCCAGCGAAUAGGUAUGUUGUCAUGAUAGAUGACAUUUUCGGAUCAACGAAUUUUGUUGAGUCUCGCUUUGAUGAAUGGACUGGAGUGUUUGAUGUCAUGCAUCCUUCUGUUGAAUCUGGCCAUGUAAUGCUGGUGCUUGCAUCUCGGCCAGACAUUAGUCACCAAUGUCAGGCCCGACUGAACAAAUACAAACUAACUCGUCAUAUGUUCUAUCUUACCUUAGAUGAAGAUGAGUUGACACUCCGACCUAGGGAAAAGAUGAUGUUGCUGAAAAGCAUUUGUGAAACAAAAGUGAAGUUUACUAAACAUGAGAUAAAUGAAAUAGUACAGUUAAAGACAACACUUGGAUUCCCUCAAUGUUGUCGAUAUUUCGCAGGAAGUAAGGAAGCCCAGGCUCAAAGGGUCAGAUUCUUCCAAAAACCAAACGAAUAUGUGCUGGAGGAAGUACGCUGCUUGCAAGAAAGUGAUGGGCUUGGCUAUCUUGUUCUAUUGAUUGUGUUGUUUGGCAAAGGAUAUCUUGAUACCAAGAAUCUUCAACCUCACAAAAGUCCACAAGAGUUUAAAAAAAUGUUAGAUGACUUGACAAAGUUAUGCUCAAAGAUUCCUAACAAUCGAAGUCUGUAUGAGAUCAAACAGAAGGCUGAUUCACUUUGUGGUUCAUACCUUUGGCACACUGAAAAGGGAUAUGUUUUCCAGCACCAGUCAAUAUUCGACGCAGUUUUCAUAAACAUAUCACAAGUGUAUCCUGACAUUUACAUUCAUUUGUGUCCCGCUAACAUAUUUGUAGAAUUUGUCAGAACAUCAGAAAGGGAGAGUGAGAAUAGAAGAAACCUAGUGCUCUUGAAUGAGGACCAUUAUGAAGCAUUUGCCGAUCGAAUAAUUCAAUUGAUGGUCAGUGAAGAAGUGGUCACCAUUUUGAAACACCCAUCUCUUCAUAAUGAAACAUUUGUAAAUCACGUAGUAGAUAGAUGGUUUUCACAACAAAAUGUUGGGGAUAUAGUUUCUCAUAAAUUUGACAAGUCAAGGGAAGUGAUCAAAUUUGCAUCUCAUUAUCUUUACACACAGAAUUUAGAAGUCAAAACGUUGUUGGAGCUUUUCGUUCUUAACAAACAUUCUUUCAUGCUCUCCACCCUAUUAGAAAAGUGCCGCCUUUCCACCGAUGUGUUGCAGGAUUGUUUGCCCUGUGCUAUCUAUGUAGGGAGCAACCUACUCAUAGAGACACUUUUAGCCCAAGGAGUUAAACCAAAUGGGAGCUGCUUCAGCGCCCUUUGUGUUUCAAGAGGCAUUGACACAAACACCACUGAAAGACUGUUUACCAACAUUUGGGAUGACGUUGAAAAGAUACAAGCACAGUGGGCCAAGGAUUACGCGGAUCAUGUGCAUAUGUUCAACUGGACACCAUUUUCAUUGGCAGUACUAAAUGGGAACUAUACCGUUGUGAAACUGCUAACAGAUAAACUGAAGCACGAGAGAAAAAACAACAUCAUAUUUGUAGAUUCUUUAAAAGCUUUAUUGUGGGAGCUGCAGACAAUAAACCCUUAUCCUGUGUUCAAACCAUACGACAUGGACAACUUGACAAAGAUAAUGAAGCUUCUACUGAACAAUUAUCAUGCCAACGAUACUGGUUAUCUAUGCUGGUUAGCAUCGGCACACUCUGAUGCAUCAGCUCUGAAGCUGAUUCUUGAAUUCAUUAAGACUGUUAAAGUUGCAUUGAAUAACUCAUGUGUUACACAGUGCAUACAACCAGAUGAUGGAGGUCCAUUUGAUCUGGCUGCAGCAUAUGGUGGGGCAGAUUGUUUGGAAUCACUAAUAGAACUUAACAGAGAUCCAUUCAUAAAUCCAAGUAAGGAAAGCAAUGGGUCCUUGCUUCACAUUUCAGCCAAACAUGGAAACACAAAGUGUGUUGAGAUGUUGCUGAAGUUGGGUCAUCCUGUUAUGUCCAAGGACAGCAUUGGCCAGACUCCAUUACACUUGGCGGUGUCACACAAUCAGACAGAAUGUGUAAAACUGCUGAUAGAACAAGGAUCAUCUGUUGCUAUGCGGGACAAUAAUGGACAGACACCACUGUUGCUGAUACACACAUCCUCACGCACAAACAUAGAUAUUAUAAAAAAUAUACUGAAGUCAAAAAAACAUAUGAAAGAUGAAGAACGCAAAAUGCUUGUUCAUAAGGCAGUUGCUUGUGGGGACAUGGGAUUGUUGAGGUUAUUGUGUAGUAGAGGCGUUGAUGUAAAUAUGGAUAUGGAAAAAUACCACAAGUACUUUCAGUCAGUUUUUCAAAUCUCAUUUGUGAUAUUGCAACGUUCGUAUUUUGGAUGCAAGGAGACGUUACUUCAUGCUGCUUGCAGACAUGCUGACGUGGAUAUGGUGCAAUUUUUAUGUGAAAUUGGAGCCAGCGUUGAUGCAGUUGACACGGAUGGGGAAACAGUUGCACAUGCAGCAGCAACAUCACACACUGGUGGAGUAGAAAAACUUCAAUAUCUGUUUAAUGAGAAACAUGCUCCUCUUCAUAAAACAGACAAUAAAGGAAGAACAGCUCUGUUUCCAGCUGUUAUAUCAGCAGCAAAGACAGGCGAUCUGGAGCUUGUUACGUUUCUAAUAGACCAAGGACUAAGUGUUAACUGCAAGGAUAACUCCAACAGAAAUUUGGCGAUGCAAUCUGCUGCACCUACAGGUGAAAGCUAUAAGUACAUCUCAGAAACUGUAACACAUCUUUUGAAUGCACAUCUUGAUAUCCAUCAGCAAGAUCUUGAAGGUCGAACAGCACUUCACUUUGCUACAAGACAUACAAAUAUCGACUGUGUUUUGGCACUGCUUCAAAAAGGUAUUGCAUUAAAUAUAAAAGAUAACCAGGGUAUGACAGCACUCCACUAUGCUGCAAAAGAAGUCAAUUCAAGGGACGAGAAGAUGGUCCUUGGCAUUAUGAAACUGCUUCUAAAACAGGAAACUGAACAGGAAACUGGUAUUGAAGCACAAGAUAUUUUGGGGAUGACACCACUUCACCAUGCUGUUAUGUCACAGAAAAUUGAUAGAGUAAUGUUGUUACUGCAACAGAAGGUAAAUCUCAAUUUACAAGAAACCAAUGGGAAAACCGCCCUCCAUUUUGCAGCAACGUUUCAAUCGUGGCCAAUUGCUUCACGCCUCUUAGAUGGAGGGUGUGAUGCCAAUAUGCGAGAUCUUGGGGGCAAAACAGCAUUACAUUAUGCUUCAAAUAAUGACUGCAUCUUCAAUAUUCUUCUUCUCCUCGAGAAAGACGUCGAUAUACACGUUCAAGAUAACAAAGGACAGACAGCUCUUCACAUUGCUGUAGAACAUGAAAGGGAAAAGUGUGUUGAAUUGCUUUUAGAGGAAGGCAUAGAUCCCAUGAUUCAAGAUAAUGACGGAAUGACUGUGCUUCAUAAGGCGGUUACUAUGUUGAACACCAGCAAGAAUAAUAGCAUUGUGAAACUACUGCUUGCAAAUGGCGACUCUCAAGGUGUACAAGGACAAAAUGAGAACACAAAUAAAGGCAAUUACUCAAGAACGGUUGAUAAUAAAGGGAGGACAGCCCUCCACUGUGCUGCAUUUCAUGUAAAUAACGAUUAUGUAGGAAUGCUCCUAAAUAGAGGCGUGGACCCAAAUAUACAAGACCAACUCGGCAUGACAACACUUGCAUUUGCUACAGAACGUUUACCAGUCCAGAGCAUUAAGUUACUCUUCGAUAAAGGGGCAGAUCCUAACUUACGUGACAGUGAGGGCCGUACAUUAUGGUUCUAUGCACGGUCAAAGGAUGUAUGGCAACUACUGAUGGAACAAGGAGUUGAUCCAACUGCAACAGAUGGACAAGGGAGAACAACACUUCACUAUGCAGCACGUUUACGUGGUGCGGACGCAACUAAACUGGCGUUACAAAAAGAUAUCGAUCACACGUUGAAAGACGAUACAGGUAGAACAGCCCUUCACUAUGCUGCUGACACAGGAUCUGAAGAGACAGUUCAACUUCUCUUGGAGAAAGGUGUUGAUCCAAGCAUCAAAGACAAAACAGGGAAGGUGGCUCUCCAUUAUGCUGCAUACAGCGAUUUUCUUGGUGGUGUAAAACUGCUGUUAGAAAAAUGUGAUAACAUAGCUGUAAAAGACAACACUGGCAGAACGGCUCUUCACUAUGCUGCAGAGGGAAUCGCGGGGGAUGUUCUGAAACUGUUGAUCGAUGAAGGGACCAACACCAGUGUAGAGGACCAAAGUGGCAGGACAGCCCUUCACUAUGCUGCAAUGUCCGGAACAGCUGACAGUGUUAAGGCUCUUUUAUUGACAGGUGUUGACCCAAACAAACAAGAUGAGCAGGGGAAAACAGCCCUUCACUAUGCUGCAAUGUACGGAACAGCUGACAGUGUUAAGGCUCUUUUAUUGAAAGGUGUUGACCCAAAUGCUCAAGAUGAAGCAGGGCAGGUGGCACUCCAUCAUGCUGCAAGAAGAUACUCCAGUGGUAGCAUACACUUGCUGUUAGAUAAGGAUGUUAACCUGACUGUAAAAGACAACACUGGCAGGACAGCUCUUCACUGUGCUGCACAGGAAGGGCUAUUUGACAGUGUAAGGUUGCUCUUAGAGAAAGGCUUCGACCCAAACGAACGUGAUAAUCAGGGAAAGGUGGCACUUCAUUAUGCUGCACAGUCAUCUGACAAUGUGGACAUUUUGAAACUUUUCAUCGAUAAAGGGCCUAAUCCCAGUGUAGAGGACAAUAGUGGCAGGACAGCUGUUCACUAUGCUGCAAUGAAAGGGUUGGCUGCACAUGUUCUGCAUCUUUUACUGAAAGGUAUUGACCCAAACAAACAAGAUGAUCAGGGGAAAACAGCCCUUCACUACGCAGCAGGGCUAGGAUCUCACUUCAUGCGCAGAGCAACUGUCGAUAUACUCUUACACCAUGGCAGUGAAGUCAAUAUCAGAGACAGGAGGGGCAUGACAGCCCUCCAUCAUGCUGCAGAGGCUGGCAAACAUGAUUUCACGGCACUGCUUAUCGAUAAUGGUGCUACUAUUGAUCAACAGCUAAUGACUCACCUCCACUAUGCAGCAGAACGAGAUAAUAUCCAGUGUUUCAGGCUUCUCGUGCAGCAAGGCAUUGACACUAGCAUACAAGAUAAUGAGGGUAGGACAGCUUUUCUUUGUGCUGGAAAUGAACUGAAAGAAAUAUUAAUUAAAAUUGGUUACCAAAUUUAAACAAGACAUUUCCAGCACGCCACAGUGAUAAAUGUAAAUCCAUCUGUGACAAGAAGCAAGUACUAUCACAUCAAUCACUCAAAGUGUUAAAAUCUUCCUCGGAGAGACAUGAACCCAUGUCUGUGCUGUAGAUGAGGACUGUGGCAGACAGACAGACGGACACAUGCAGACGGAAACAUUACCAUCCAAAACGAGUUCCUGUCUGAUGAACUAUUUCAGCGUAACAUAUAAAUCCUAGUCAUAAGCUACAGGUACAUAAUCUGAUGCAAGUAAUUGUUUGUUAUUAAUAUAUGACAACAGUCUAGGUGUAGAUCGUUUCAAAUUGUACGAUUGAUAGUGUUUAUAACAUACGUGAUAUUUGCCAACAGAAAUGUGUGUGUGUGUGUGUGUGUGUGUGUGUGUGUGUGUGUGUGUGUGUGUGUGUGUGUGUGUUCAUUUAUUAAUUUUUUGAAGUUGUCAUUCUAUGUUAAGAUAACUAGGGUGUAUCUACUCAAUGAGCACAACUGAUUAUUUAUGAACAAAUUCUACUGUCUAAAUGUAUAUGAUUGUAAAGCAUAAAUAGCACUUGUGAGUGAAUGUUGGUGUUUAUUCGGUGUGUCACUUUUAUCGUGGUGUGGUGGAUUAAUGUUGGAGAAAGCAGGUGAUGCAAGUAUUGGCAGUUAACCUAUUUUCAGAGCACAAGAAUGGCACUGACGUUAAAGUCAGGGCGAAUCUUGAUUCAAAACUGAAAUAUAUUGUCAGCGGUGGAUAAAUUCUACUUUAUACAUAUCAUCUGGCAAUGUUACAUACAGUUUGUUGUUUACAACUAAUGUAAAUCAGAAUUACUUCAUAGGUACAUGUACUCCAUUGUUGCACUGUCAUCUUAGUAGCUAUGUCCAUAGUAUACAUGAUGAUUAGGACCCGUGAAGAUCCGGGGUAGAAUAGGUCUUCAGCAACCCAUGCUUGCCAUAAAAUGGUGACUAUGCUUGUCGUAGGAGGCGACUAACGUGAUCGGGUGGUCAGGCUCGCUGACUUGGUUGAUGCAUGUCAUCGAGCCCAAUUGCGCGGAUCGAUGCUCGAUAUAUCAAUCACUGGAUUGUCUGGUCCAGACUCGAUUAUUUACAGACCGUCGUAUAGCUGUUCACGAGUUGGCAAGAACCGUUUAUAUUGUUCUGCAUGGUACGGAUGGAAAAAUACAUAUAAAAUAUAUUCAAACAUU